AUGUUGGGGCUGGGGACGGUUGUUAGGGUGGGGGAAGAGGGGAGAGCUGGUGGGGGUAGGGGUAGGGAAAGAGGGGGGACUGGUUUGGGACUGGGGGCAAAGUAUGGUGUUAGGCCGGGGUUAGAGUAUGGAGUGAGGGGUGGUGGAGGUAGACGUGUUACAAGUAUAGAUAGGGUAGGAGUGAGGUGUAGAAAUGGAGUAGACAUCUUAGUAGAUGAAGAACCUAGAGGGCAAGUAGUGAAGGUUAAGAGGGUCAACGAUAGGUUGAUAACGAUUAAGUUGGUCAUUGAGGGGUUUACUAUAAACGUGUGUAGUGUUUAUGCGCCUCAGGUGGGCUUGGACGGUGAGGAGAAGAAGCGGUUUUGGAAGGUUUUGGAUGAAGUGGUAAGAGGCGUUCCUAGCUUUGAGAAAAUUGUUGUAGCAGGGGAUUUCAAUGGUCUCAUUGGGGUAUUAUCUGAAGGCUAUGGUGAUGUGCAUGGGGGUUAUGGUUUUGGGGAAAGAAAUGAAGAGGGAGUUGCUCUGUUGGACUUUAUGAGGGCCUUUGGGAUGGUGGUAGUGAAUUCGAGCUUUCCAAAGAAGGAGGAUCACUUGGUCACCUUUUGA